AGCUCGGCGGGGUCCCAAGAUCUGUCGAGGCGGCGCAGCUGGGAGAGGUCACGGAGCUGCUCAGAAAGCUGGCAGAGGCUCAGCUUCGAUGCCUCGGCCGUGGACGAGGGACCCUGUCUCCCUCGGACACUGGCCAGCCUUGCUCUGAACCUGCCAGGAGGGGGACUGAAGACCUGGACCCAAAGGUGUCUGUCUGGGGGAGGGACCCCAGCAGAGCACCCAGGCAAGGAAUGUGACAGCCCUGAGAAAAAAGUGAGGUCACGGUCCGUUCCUGUGUCCUUCUGUGAGGUCAGCUCCCUGGAAAUCUCUCCAAGCUUGGAAGCACCUGCCUCACCCAUUCAAGGCCUAGAACCCCCAGUGCCAGAGUGUGUGGAAAAGGACCCUGUGGAACCAGAUCAUGUGCUAAUGGUCCAGCAAGUGCUUCAAGAACUUCGACAGUACCAUGGGGCUCGGCAGAGGGCUUGUAUGUCAGCCAGUCCCGGAGGAGCCCCCUCCAAUCUCACCUGGUUUGAGUUCCUGUCCGAGAGCGAGGACGGCGCUGGAAAGAACGAGAAGAAUGACAAGAGUACUGGAGUGAAGCGUAGGCUGAGCUGUCUCCGGAGUCGAGUCAUCAAACAGAAGGAGAAGGCAAAGAGCCCAGCACAUCUAAAGGACAAGGGCCAGGACACUCGAGAGAAGCGGGAGUGUGUCAACGGGCACCAGCUGGCACAAGGGACAUUUUGGGGCCACUCUGGCUGUCCCCUAUGUGGCAAACCCUUCCUGAACUCUGCCUCGCUCAAGGAGCAUCCCAGCGGCACCCUCGUGUCCGAUGGCAGCCCGGCCCUGUCCAGGAAUGUCGGCAUGACGGUCUCUCAGAAAGGAGGUCCCCAGCCAACACCGAGCCUGGCUGGCACUGGGACACGACUCGGACCAAUCACAGGAGAGAUGGAUGAAGCCGAUUCCGUGUUUUUAAAAUUUAAGCUGGCCGCUGAUGACUCUCUGUCACUCACAUCUUCCAAUGCUGAGUCCAUUUUUGUAGAAGAUCCCUAUACUGCCUCACUGAGGAACGAGAUCGAAUCGGACAGCCACGAGUUUGAGGCUGAGUCCUGGAGCCUGGCCGUGGACCCGGCCUAUGCCAAGAAACAAAAGAGGGAGGUGGUGAAAAGACAGGAUGUCCUUUAUGAGCUGAUGCAGACCGAGGCGCACCACGUGCGGACCCUCAAGAUCAUGCUGAAGGUGUACUCCAGGGCCCUGCAGGAGGAGCUGCAGUUCAGCAGCCAGGCCGUCAGCCGCCUCUUCCCCUGUGCCAACGACCUGCUGGAUAUGCACAGCCAGUUCCUCUCCCGGCUCAAGGAGCGCCGCCAGGAGUCCCUGGAGGAGGGCAGUGACCGGAACUAUGUCAUCCAGAAGAUUGGGGACCUCCUGGUACAGCAGUUUUCAGGUGAAAAUGGGGAGAGAAUGAAGGAAAAAUACGGUGUGUUUUGCAGCGGCCACAAUGAAGCAGUCAGCCAUUACAAGCUGCUUUUGCAGCAAAACAAGAAAUUUCAAAACUUGAUCAAGAAAAUCAGCAACUUCUCCAUUGUGAGGCGGCUCGGUGUGCAGGAGUGCAUCCUCCUGGUUACGCAGCGCAUCACCAAAUACCCCGUGCUGGUGGAGCGCAUCAUUCAGAACACGGAGGCUGACACCGAGGACUACGAAGACCUGACCCAGGCCCUGAACCUCAUCAAAGACAUCAUCUCACAAGUGGACACCAAGGUCAGUGAGUGUGAGAAGAGUCAGCGCCUCAGGGAGAUCACAGGGAAGAUGGACCUGAAGUCCUCCAGCAAACUCAAGAAUGGACUCACCUUCCGCAAGGAGGACAUGCUUCAGAGGCAACUCCAUCUGGAGGGCACACUGUGCUGGAAGACCACAUCAGGGCGCUUGAAAGAUGUUCUUGCUGUCCUGCUGACUGACGUGCUUUUGCUGCUACAAGAAAAGGAUCAGAAAUAUGUCUUUGCAUCAGUGGACUCGAAGCCACCUGUCAUCUCUCUCCAGAAGCUCAUCGUGAGGGAGGUGGCUAACGAGGAGAAAGCCAUGUUUCUGAUCAGCGCCUCCCUGCAAGGUCCCGAGAUGUACGAGAUCUACACCAGCUCCAAGGAGGACAGGAACGCUUGGAUGGCCCAUAUCCGGAGGGCUGUGGAGAGCUGCCCCGACGAGGAGGAAGUACCCUUCAGCGAGGCUGAAGAGGAGAAGAAGAUGGUCAACGCCCGCACCCAGAGACUCAGGGACUUCCGAGUGCGGUUGAACCUGAAAGACCAGCUGAUUGCACAGAGCCUUAUGGAGAAGCAGCAGAUCUAUCUGGAGAUGGCUGAGAUGAAUGGGCUCGAAGACAGUCCCCAGUCCCAAGUCCUCUUCCGCGGAGGGGACCCUUCCGAGACCCUGAAGGCAGAGCAGACUCUCAAGUUGGCCAUGAGCCAGAUCGAGGACAUCCAGGGCCUGAUCUGCAGGCGGCUGGGCAGUGCUGACGGCCAGGCGGAGGAUGGAGGAGGCUCUGCAGGCCUGCCCCGGAGGGCCGAGACCUUUGGAGGCUACGACAGCACCAACAGCCCCAGCAAGAAUGGCAGUUUCAAGAAGAAAAUCUGCGGCAAUGACCCCAGGCCCCAAGAUUGGCGAGGUCCCACAGACAGCUUGGACUUGAAGCUCAGUGACAACGACAUUCCUGGGAGCUCUGAGGAAUCACUGCAGGUGGAAGCACCCAGCGUGGAGUCUGGCCCCCGUCUGCCCACCAUCCUGGAGUCGGAGCUCAUCCAGCAGAUCCAGAAGCUGUCAGGGCUGCUCCUGCGCCUCCAGGCGGUCAUCGCCCAGCAGGACAGCUACGUGGAGACACAGCGGGCGGCCAUGCAGGAGCGGGAGAAGCAGUUCCGGCUGCAGUCGACGCGCGGGAACCUGCUGCUGGAGCAGGAGCGGCAGCGCAACUUCGAGAAACAGCGGGAGGAGCGCGCGGGCAUGGAGAAGCUGCAGAGCCAGCUGCGCCAGGAACAGCAGCGCUGGGAGCGCGAGCGCGAGCGCCUGGAGCUGCUGCGCCGCCUCAAGAAGCAGAACACGGCGCCCGGGGCACUGUCGCCAGACGCGCUGGAGGUGCAGCCCCCAAGCCACCCUCUCAGCUUCAACGGCGAAGGGCUGGAGGGGCCGCGGGUGAGCGUGCUGCUGUCUGGAGCCGGACCUGAGUACGCUGAGCGCCCCGAGGUGGCCCGUCGGGACAGUGCCCUGGGCGAGGGCCGGCUGGCCAAGAGUGACGUGCCCAUCCAGCUGCUCAGCACCACCAACCAGUUUCAGCGGCAGGCAGCCGUGCAGCAGCAGAUCCCCACCAAGCUGGCUGCCUCCACCAAGGGCAGCAAAGACAAAGGCAAGAGCAGAGGCUCCCAGCGCUGGGAGAGCUCAGCGUCUUUUGACCUGAAGCAGCAGUUGCUACUCAACAAGCGCGUGGGGAAGGAUGAGAGUAUCUCACGGAACCGCCGCUCCCUGAGCCCUGUCCUGCUCGGCAGCCACAGCCCUACGGCACCCCCCGACACCUGCUUCCCCAUCCCAAGUCCAGCCCCAGCUGAUGGCCCUCCUGAGGGCUUCUCCCUCAAGGCAGGGGGCCUGUCCUUCCCACCUGUGUCCCCCUCUCUGCUGCCGGCCACACCACUCGCCACCAAGGAGGAAGCUACCAAGGAGGAUGUCAUCUUCUUCUAAGAGGGCCGUAGCUCGAGGUGCAGACCCCUCCCUGCCCCGUCCACGCUCCAUACUCUCUGGGAUCCCCCGUGGGGUCACUGUG